AUGACUUAUGCAUCGUCACCGGCUAAGGAUGUCAAGAAUCUCAGGGUUCUGCUAGUCCACAGUAGACGGGCAAUCGCAGAGACAUCGGUGGAAUCGGCUCAAAAACUUGAGGCUGAAGCCAUGCCUGCCCUCCAGCUUUCUGCUAUUGCUCGUCCGGACUGGGUCAGCGCUGCUGAGCAGCGACUCUAUGCACUCCUUACGACCGGCCAGCCCGCGGCAACUGCAGUGGACAUCCUCGUGGCGGAGCUUGCUGACACCUUGCGCAUCACGGUGGAGCAGGCACGCCGGGAGGCUGAGCACCACUUGGACCUUGCCGGCAUCCUGAACCAAGGGCUCAGCCCUACUGGCACCAGCACACCCUUCAUCCGAACGGUGGGCCAGACGCCCAAGGCUGCUCUUUUGAACUGGGGCUCACCGCCGACAUCGCCCAAGACGCCUGCAGGUUCGGAGGUGAUCCAGCGAACUCGCCGGAGGGCUCGGACGGAAGGCCAUUUGCAGGUGCCCAUGUCCGGAGUCAGCCCCGAGAUGAAGGUUGAGAUCAAGCCCGCUAUUUCGUCCAAGAUCACGGUGGCCGUCGUCGCACCAGGUGCCGGCACCGGCAUCAACGGCGCGAUUUACUCCGAGCUGGGCCGGAAUCCAUCCUUCAAGGUGGAGGUGGUCGGACGUUCUCGGGCGCCGUACGACGUCUACCCGCCAUGCUGGCCCCAUGGUGCUCCUGCACCGAAUCUGCAAAGCUUCGCAGACGAGGUCCUCGAGACCGGCGUGCACAGGGAGGUUCAGACGAUGGUCUUCGGCUCUCGGGGAGGUCAAGUGGUCCUGCCGCACCUCUGGCAGGCUCAGGAACAUGGGCUUUGUCCUCCGGUGCCACCAGUCGUUGUCAUCAACGGCGGUUGCGCUAUGAAGUUGCCAACUCCCGUGCGCUGGCCGGAGUCUGCGGUGAGCUUUCUGCUGAUUGGCGGCCAGGACAAUUUCAGGGGACGCCUCAGCGUGGAGGACUACGUGGCAGAGACGAGGAGCCAUGUUCCAUUGGCCAACAAGACCACCGCCAUCUUGUUCGUCCAGGAAAUGACGCACAUGCCGCAGCAACCCUUGCUACGAGGCGUCCUGCGACUGAUGCUGAAGGCCAUCGCCUCCUGGAAGGCGGAGGGCAAGUUGCCCUUGGAGCAGUUCCGGAACAUCCUGGCCUUCCUGAGACAGGACGGUUGGAGUGGGAGGCUGCUCUACACGACCUCGGCCGGAAGUUGGGAGGACAUCAAGUUCAGCUCGAUGGACAUCGACAAGCUGCAGGUGGAUGGCGCUGCACAUGCUUUGGAUGAGCCUUUGGCCCCGGUCGAGUUUACGGCCAAGGAUGAGGUCAAGGCCCUUUGGCGCGCCGCGGUGGUUGCGGCCACGGGCAACUGUGGCUCCGCAGUCAAGGCCGCUGCCGAAAGAGCCGAGCCCCAGGCCACACGGAUUAUGCCAACCUUGCCGAUUUCUCGUGCGUCAGAGGGCCUGCAAGUGCCAUGUGCCGCUGGCUACGGGGCCUUCGGCGUGGCAACUCCGGAAGCGACACCGAUUUCUCGAACUCUGGGCUUGCCUUGUCGCAUGAAAGCCUACUCCGGAUACUCCACGCCUCAGGGCAACAGCCCCGCGAGUUCCGUGAGCCCAUCGCGUGUGACCUUCUUCGGAGUCGACGCUUCUCCCAAACGAGUGCCUGUAAAUUGA